AUGUCGCAUCAACAUCUUCCUCGUCAGUGGGAACAGGAGCCGCGAUUCGUCAUUUGUUUCGACUACGGCACAACAUAUUCUGGCGUUGCUUGGGCUUUGACGACUGGACAGGCUCCAACGCUUGCCGAUGUAAAUGUCGUCAACAAUUGGGGGCGAGUCAUAGAAUCCAAAGUCCCAUCACUGUACACAUAUUCACGGACGGUCGAUGACGGCGAGCUCUGGGGCUACGACAUUGGCGACAACGCCUAUGUGAUCCGAUGGUCGAAGCUGGAGCUUGAAGCCCCCAGCCGACUUCAAGCUCUCAAAACCUUGAAACGCACCAUUGCAGAGGCUCGCCAGCUGGACUUCGGCCAGACGAACGUCCUGCAGGGUCAGAUCCCACGCCAUCUAACGAAAAGUGCUUCCGAUGUUGUCACAGACUAUCUCAUUCAAGUUGCCGGCGCCGUGCGCCAGGACAUUGAGAACAAGAGGGACGCACGAACACUGUUGGAGUUCCCCAUCGAUCUAGUCAUCACGCAUCCCGCGGAAUGGGACCACAGGGCCCGAAACCUCACGUUUAGAGCUGUCAAUGAAGCUUUUCAACGUGAAUUCUCCGACGCUUUGGAGAACGAAGGUGUUACGCGUCUUGCGACGGAGCCCGAAGCAUGUGCUCAAUUUACGAUGAGAUCUGGCCAAGACGAGGGCAUAGCCCGGCUCAGGAGGGGAGAAUGCUUCAUCGUUGUUGACGCUGGCGGCGGCACAGUCGACUUGGUCUCGUAUCUUGUUGAACAAGUAGAACCAACGUUUGAAGUCAGGAAGAUCACAGACGUUUGUGGUCGCAAAUGCGGUGCCUCACGCAUUGACGAUGCCUUUCUGGAAUUUCUCAAAGACAGACUUGGCCAGGACUACCACCUCCUCAGCAGCUCUGGUGGACCCGGACCUGAACGACAUGGCCCAGGAGCCCAUGUUGUUCUCAGCCGACGGCUCCAGACUCUUCUUAACAGAUUCCAGGAGAUCAAGCACGCCUUUCAAGGUCCUCCAGGUCGGGGCCAACAGGAGGUCGGUGACGUGCUAGAUCUGAUCGAGGGCGUUGGCGAAGAAAACAAUCCGUCGCGAGGAAUUCAGGAUGGACAGCUACACAUUUCUAGUGCGGAUCUUAUGACAAUGUUCACAAAGUCGGUCGAUGGAACUAUUGAGCUCAUCACGCAGCAGCUUACCCAAGUCGAUCAACUGAACCUGCGAGUCAAGUCCAUAUUCCUAUCUGGCGGAUUCUCCCGGAGUCCGUAUCUAUACAACCGCCUUCGAGCCCUCGCCCGCGGCCUCUACUCAUUGGAAUACACCUUGACAGGAGAUUGUAGUUGGUCUGCAGUCGCCCAAGGCGGCGUCCUCAUGGGGCUUGGGCUUGGCUGCACGCCGCCGGCUCCAAGCAAAGAGUGCCCAUUUCACAUUGGAGUUGUUCUCGCUGAGCGCUGGACCGAAUACAAUCACCUCGAGGGUCAGAAGUAUGUCGACGCUUUUGAUGGCGUGAAGAGAGCAGAAGACAACAUCAAGUGGCUAGUGGCACAAGGAGACCUCAUCACGCCGGACGAGGGCAUAGAGGUCACGCAGCCCAUCAUCAAGAAGCUCAGUCAAAAUGGCAACAGAACCGGGAGCCUGAAACUGGUCUUCGAUGAGAAUAGAAGUGGUACCGAGCUACGAAGUCAGUUACAAAACACGACUAGCGGUAAGUUGCUUGCGUUACAUCAACCACGGGCAGUCGCUGACACAAUUUGUAGGCCGACGGCGGACCGUAGACCUAGAUUUUGA